AGCUGCCUAAGAAUGGAUCCCGGAUGCGGAAGUCCGGAGGGGUGGGGGGAAUGUGGGCUCUGCGGUUCAGCCGCUACAUCAGGGGCGCUCCCCUAGGAGGAGGCUCGCACUGGGCCGGCCUUUCCUUAGGAAGCCGCUUCACGCAGGCUGCUUCGGGACGGAGCGACAGCCGGCAGGAAGCGGCGGGGGACCCACGGCAGAGAGGCCUGGUCUACCAGAACCCAACAUGGCAGCAUGUGGAACAGAGACCACUCCCUCAGAAAAAAGUAACUGUGGAGGUGCUUGAUCACCUGGAGCGUCUGGCACUAGUUGACUUCCGCGACUGGGAGGGUGUACAACGGCUGGAGAAAGCAAUCCAAUUUGCUGAUCAGCUUCAUGCUGUCAACACAGAAGGGGUAGAACCAAUGGAUUCAGUACUAGAGGAUAGAUGUCUGUAUCUCAGAGAAGAUAACAUCACAGAAGGCACUUGCACUGAGGAGCUUCUGCGAAAUGCCAGAGAAACAGUUGAGGAAUAUUUCAUAGCCCCACCAGGUAACAUCCCUUUACCAAAGCUAGAGGAGCGAGACACUUUUCUGCAAGUCUCCGAGUGAAAGUCAAGGUCUGGAAUGCCGCUUCAGCUUUUAAGUCAUCUGUGAGAAUUGGCAUAUAUCGAACCAUGGCUAUGGAGUAUCUUGAUGCAAAUGUCUAAUCCCAAGAACAACACCCUCACAUAAUUAUUUGAUUUUUCUUCCUUCCUUUCUUCUGUAAGAUUACUUUGAAAUUAAAGGUUUGGUGUCUUUUUCCAGUAUACACAAA